AUGAUUGAAGAGCACAAUAGAACAUUCCCAGAUCCUUGGCAAGAUUUGGGUGAGACGAACGAUGAGAGAUCACCAUGUGUUCUGGGAGUUAUCCCAGUCAUUUACUAUAGUGUCCUGCUCUGUCUAGGGUUACCUGUAAACAUCCUGAAUGUAAUUGUCCUCUCACGGCUAGCCAUCAAGACACAGAAAUCGUCGUAUUGCUACCUCUUGGCCCUCUCGGCUUCAGAUAUCCUCACUCAGUUUUUCAUCAUAUUUGUCGGCUUCAUUUUGGAGACAGCCAUUCUUCACCGUAAGAUCCCUGCUACAAUGGUGCAUACUGUCAGCAUCCUGGAGUUUGCCGCCAACCAUGCCUCCAUCUGGAUUACUGUGCCAAUGACGAUUGACCGUUAUUUUGCUGUGUGCCACCCACUGAAAUAUCGCAUGGUGUCAUACCCUGAACGCACCCAUAAAAUAAUAGCGACUGUCUUUGUCAUUUCUUUAAUCACAGGUGUCCCAUUUUAUUGGUGGUCUGAUCUUUGGCGAGUGAGUAACCCGCCCACUAGUCUCGAUCAAGUACUUAUAUGGAUGCAUUGUUUCAUUAUAUAUUUUAUUCCAUGCACGGUAUUUUUGAUUGUAAACUCGUUGAUCAUCUACAAACUGAAAAAGAAGAAAGCAUUGACAAGUCGUUCAGGUAAAACCACAGCCAUUCUCCUGGCAGUUACCACCGUCUUUGUCAUCCUUUGGGCACCUCGGACCAUUGUUAUUAUUUAUCACCUGUACGUCGCAUCUGUCAACAAGAACUGGAAGGUUCACCUGAUGCUUGAUUUGGCCAACAUGCUGGCAUUGAUGAGUACAGCGGUCAACUUUUUUCUGUAUUGCUUUGUGAGCAAGCAAUUUCGUAUCACAGUGAAAGAAGUCAUCCAGUCACUCUGUAAGCAAUGA